AUGGAUGCAUAUAGCUCUGACAACAGUCGCCUUAUGUGCCCUCGGCGCAAGCAUUGGAUAUCCAAGUACCAAGAUGAUGCGACUUAUUAUGUCUAUGCUAGGCUCAUCAUUACAGCCUGUAAUAGUGCAAACUGCCGCAGUAAUCACGUUGUUAAGAAGGACGUGUGGAUGAUCGGACAUCUUGCACUCAGCAAAGUGUUAAAAGCAGGGUCGAUGAUACGGAUAAUGCAUGCGAUUCUUGUAGAGGUUGAACCACGCAAUUCCAACUCGAAUCAGGUAGUAGCCCUAAAUAAUUUCUUGAGGUGGCAAGAGUGGGAGUCGAACCUGCCCAACCUAGUGCCAAAAACCGGAAACGGCGGCGACGUAGCAACUGAUUCGCUUCUCUCACUCCAACUACCACCAUCUGCCUGUGUGUUCCUUUGGCCCACGGAUAUACGAGCAGAGGGAUCGUGGCAAGGAGUAGGGGUAUCUAUCGUUUGUGAUAUAGAAAUCAAUGACGUCGUGCUUCUGGAUGCCUUACGGCAUAGCUACAUCCAAAUGGGAUGCGACAUUGGAUUAAUGAUUUUCGACGAAGCGCAUCAUACUGUGGACAAGGCACCAUACAACAUGAUCAUGAAGGAGUUCUACUUUUGUCUCUUGCCGCGAGACACGCCCAAUCUGGACCCUCGAUGCGCCAGGCCGAUGGUUUUGGGCUUGACGGCUAGUCCUAUAUACGGGGGAGAUAUUGCGAAAGCCUUCUGUGAAAUAGAAGGGAACCUCGACAGCGUCAUUCUCACUCCGCGCCGGAGUCGCGACGAAUUGGUGAAACACGUCCAUCGGCCUGUUUUCAAGCACGUCAGAUAUGGCGCAUCAGACGAUGCUCUGUUUUCGAUCAACUUGGCCAGUCUACAGAAAGUUAUAGAUACCCUCGACAUUGAGAAAGAUCCGUCUAUUAUCUCUCUUCGCCGCGACCUCGCCACGGCAUCCCCUAAUUCGUCUGAGUACUACCGACUUGACCAAAAAUUGUCAAAGACCAUUCUCAAAGAAAACACGUUCACACACAAGGGUCUUCGCGAUUUCGAGCGCACGGCGGGGGAUAUCCUUUCCGACCUGGGUGCUUGGGCGGCAGACUGGUACGUUUGGACGGUGUUAGAGCAAGCCAAAAGGGCCUGCCAAGGUGAUGAAAUGAUGCCUUCCUGGAAAACACGGGAGAAGAAAUAUAUGCUGGGCCUCCUAAACCAAGUUAAUGUUUGCCCGGUGUCUUACUACGAAUAUGACAUCGUCGAGGAGUCGUCUCAAAAAGUGGCGGAACUCGUGAAAGCACUACUGCGAGAGAAACAGGAUUUCGAGGAAGACAAUGAAGCGUUUAGCGGCCUUGUGUUUGUUACCCGUCGUGAUGCGGUUCUAGCGCUCACAGAGAUCCUCACACACCAUCCUGACACGAAGGAGCUGUUCAAAAUUGGAAGCUUGUUGGGGACAUCUGACAGUAGCUAUCGGCAUUCGUUCUUGGACCUAACGCGCAAGCUGCUAAAACAAUCGCAGGAGGAGACACUGAGGGAUUUCAGGAUCGAGGAGAAGAAUCUUAUCAUCUCGACAUCGGUUGCCGAGGAAGGCAUUGAUGUCCAGGCGUGUGGAUGUGUUAUACGCUGGGACCCGCCACCGAACAUGGUGUCCUGGUUGCAAAGUCGAGGACGGGCGCGUCGGAAGCGUAGUACGUUUAUUGUCAUGUUCCAACGAGGCGGAUCAAGUGAGGAUGAGGUUCUAAAGUGGGAGAGCACGGAAGCGGAGGUGCUACGCCUAUGCAAUGAACCAGAGAGAGUUAUGACGGCUGAGCCUGAUGAGUGGGAUGAGUGGGAGGAAUUUAGGGUACCUUCAACAGGUGCUCUACUGACUCUGGAGUCAGCUCUUCCUCAUCUGGCCCAUUUCGUAGCUGUCCAUCCGAAUGCAAGUUUCAAUCCUGAUUUUCAGCCUUUAUAUGAUCUGGAUCCACCUGAUCUACCGUUCGGAUGGCAUUCGUUUGAGAAUCGGUCUACCAGUGUCAGCCUACUUUAUUCCGGACCUUGGGGUUCGACGGUAACAUUGCCUAGAUUCCUGAGCUCCGAUCUCAGGGUACACUCAACGAAUAAAAUUCAUCCCACCAAACUGUCCGCACAUCGGCAUGCGGCUUUCAAGGCAUACAAAGCGUUGUAUGACAACGAAUUACUGGAUGACCAUCUCUUGCCGCUCUUCCUCCGAGACGAUGAGAUCAAGAAGCUAGAAAGCGAGGUGGAGAAACGUGUUAGUGUGGUCAGCGUGUCACCGCAGAUGAACCCAUGGGUACCGGCGGAUGAUUGUAGCGCUGUUUGGUAUUGCUCCGAAUUGACACUGGGAGAGCUUCCCCCUUUGCGUAUGUUCACGCGUACACAGUGCCCGCCGUCAUGGUUCGAAGACGACGGUCCUCCACCACUCUUUGCUCCUCGUCAUGGUCUCAUCAAGGUCGCUCUCCGUGGUGCUGGGCAAGUUGCCCUCGAUGACGAAGACAUCGCUCGAGCGCGCGAAUACACUCGGCGAAUAUUCUGGAGCAUACAUGGUCAACGGAUGACUUGGGAUGACCUAGACUUUUCAUAUCUUUUCCUUCCUGCUCCGGGGACGGAAGACGAUGAAUGGGAGGAUCGCCGGACAUGGCUGAAAGAGGAAAAUGAGCGCGAAGGGCCUAUGUCACUUACUGUUCAGUCCAUGCGGGAUAGGAUGUUCACUCCGUCGUCUCAUCUUUACGCCAUUUCACCGCAGCUGUUGACUGUCGCUAUGACAGCCCCGUCGUCUCAAGAACGUCACAAUUAUCAGCGCUUGGAGACGCUAGGAGAUACGGUGCUGAAGUACCUGGUCAGCAUACAGCUUCUAUCGCAACACCCACUGUGGCACGAAGGAUACCUGACGAGGCGGAAGGACCAUGCCGUUGCGAACGUUAGACUGGCGAAUGAGAACAUAUCUAGAGAAAUGUUCAGAUGGAUUAUCCGAGAUCUGUUCCUUAGCAAGAAGUGGAAGCCAGCGUAUAUGCAUUCCAACAAAACUAUCCGCGAGAAUCAAGUAGCUGGGGUCGUUGCAACCGUUCCCAGGAAGAACGAGGUCAAGAAAAAGCGGGCAAAAAAGGUUGCGGGAGCGCUCUCCACGAAAGUACUGGCGGAUGUUGUCGAAUCCACGAUCGGCGCUGCGUAUCUGCAUGGAGGGUUCGAACUGGGCUAUGAAUGUACCAAGUUCUUCUGUCUAGACCUUACCUGGCAACCAACUGCGGAGCGCAUCUCGUCCUUGAUUGAAAGGGUCAGUGUAAUCGAACCCGAAGUCAGAAAGCGCAUCGACUUGCCGGAGAAGGUCAUGUCCCAAGUGGAAUCCAUGCUGGGCUACGAGUUUAGACACAAGCUCAUCCUUCUCGAAGCCCUCACACACCCGAGUCAUCAGCAGGACUUCGGCACGAUCUCUUAUGAACGUAUGGAAUUCCUCGGUGACGCCGUCAUGGACAUGGUGGUCACGGAUUAUCUAUAUCGUGCAGAAGGCAAGCAGUACAGUCCUGGGCAUAUGCACCUUCGGAAAUCGGCUGUCGUGAACGGGCAUGUUCUGGCCUACCUAUGCUUGAAGUGUUCUGUGAAGGUUUGCAGCUAUAUGCCUCGGCCCACAGAAUCGAGGGCUCAGAUCCAGCUAGAAGAAGAAGAGGAGGACAUAUAUCUGUGGAAGUGCCUGUUGCAUGCCAGUCCUCGUGUUCUCGAGGAUCAGCGUGUCACGUUUGACAGGUUUCAGAGGCUUUCGGAUGUAAUUGCUGACGGUUUGGAGAAUGGGAAGAUCUAUCCUUGGGCAGCGCUGACUCGUCUGCAAGCGCCCAAAUUCUUCAGUGACAUGAUCGAGAGUCUCCUCGGCGCCGUAUUCCUUGACUCGGAGGGGAACCUGGAGAGGACGCGGGAUGUUAUGCGAACGAUUGGUAUCUUGCCAAUACUGGAGCGCAUCGUCAAGGACAGCGUUGAUGUGCUUCACCCUGUUUCGCGACUAUCGGUCUGGGCUUCACGACGAGGACAAAAAGUGAAGUAUAAGUUUAGGGAAGAGAAGGGCAACAUCGGUUGUGUGAUCGAGUUGCAUCAAGAGGAGGGAGGGGAUGUGAAGGUGUUGGAGGAAGCACGGGAAACUGACCUUAACAGAGGCCACGUCACAAAGGUGCAAGUUAGAUUUGCAGCCGCUGAAAGCGCCAUACAACUGUUGCAUCUAUCCUAG